CGGGGGCCGGGGCGGGGGGCGUCUCGCUCAUAGCCCGCUCAUGGGCCCGCGGCGGACGAGACGCCCCCGGAGAGGAUGAACCACCCGGCCAGCCCCGUCAAAGCCUACGAUUUCCUGCUAAAGUUCUUGCUGGUGGGAGACAGCGACGUGGGCAAGGGGGAGAUCCUGGCCAGCCUGCAAGAUGGAGCCACCGAGUCGCCCUACGGCUACAACAUGGGUAUCGAUUACAAGACCACCACGAUUCUUCUGGAUGGCCGACGGAUAAAACUGCAGCUGUGGGAUACAUCAGGCCAGGGGAGAUUUUGCACAAUAUUUCGCUCCUAUUCCAGAGGUGCUCAGGGGGUGAUUCUGGUGUAUGACAUCGCUAAUCGCUGGUCCUUUGAUGGCAUUGAUCGGUGGAUUAAGGAAAUUGAUGAGCAUGCUCCUGGAGUCCCGAAAAUCCUGGUGGGAAAUCGCCUCCAUUUGGCCUUCAAGCGACAGGUCUCAACCGAGCAAGCGCAAGCCUACGCGGAGAGGCUGGGCAUGACUUUCUUCGAGGUCAGCCCGCUGUGCAACUUUAACAUCACCGAGUCGUUCACGGAGCUGGCGCGGAUCGUGUUGAUGAGGCACGGAAUGGACCGUCUGUGGAGGCCUAACAAGGUUCUGAGUUUGCAGGACCUCUGCUGCCGCGCCAUCGUGUCCUGUACCCCAGUGCACCUGGUGGACAAGCUCCCUCUUCCAGUCGCCUUAAGAAGCCAUCUCAAGUCCUUCUCCAUGGCCAACGGCCUCAACGCCAGGAUGAUGCAUGGACGCUCCUACUCCCUCACUGCCAGCCACAACAACAAAAGGAACAGCCUCAAGAAAGUUAAAAUCAUCCGCCCGCCUCAGAGCCCGCCCAAAAACUGCACCAGAAACAGCUGUAAAAUUUCCUAAAAACCAUCCCCCGCGACAGAGGAUGCUGGGACCUCACUUCCCGGAUCCCACGAUCCUCUUCGGUGGCUCAUUUCUGGGGCUUGACCGGUUCUUAGAGGAGACCCCAGGAAAAACCCUCCUUUCGCUUGUUCAUGAUGAUUAUUGAUGCUUACAGUUGAGUUUGACCUGUUCAGUGCCAUAAAAAGCUACAAAACGGUUGAGUUUUUCUAUUUUUGGCUUGGAUGUGCAUGAAGUCCUCAUUUUAGAUUUGUGUCGAGGAAGGGAGCCGUUUACCCUUUUCUGAGAUCUUAAUCGUGAGAAGCCGUGUCACGAAGUUAAUACACUGCAUCCUGCUUCGUCGAGAUAACUUAUUUAUAAGGACGUAGACGUGAGUGGCGGCCAGAGUACCGAUUUAGUUGGACUUUUCAAAAUGCAAUGUAUUGUAUACAUUGCUUUAGAGAGACAGGUGAGAGGGAGAAACUAGGGUGAAAUUUCAGUAGCGUCCGACUUUUUGUAAAAGUUCUAUUGUAACUUGGAAGCUCUAAUUUAAAUACGCUGCAGUUGUGUAUAGAGAGUAUUAUGCACAAUAGAUCUGUCCGAUUUCUGUAUGAGACUGAUUUGAUAAAAAUUUUGCUAUGUUAUUUAAUACUUUGGGGGAUUAAUCUGUGAUUUAUAUGCUUAUUUUUCUGUAAAUCUACAUUUUUUGUACCAGAUGUUCUGCAAGUUACAGAGUUGUGGGAAGAAAAUGCCAAAGACAUCUGCGGAAAUGUUGAAUGCCGUCAACAUAUUUGCAAGAGAUCAGAAGAAGAGUAGGCCUGAAACGUUGUUUUAUAAGGGGUGGAGUGAACGCUGUUAUUUACAAAAAUAAAUGUUUCUGAAAAAUGGA